AUGGAGAUCACUGAUGUCACCUGUAAGUCCUUCCCAUCUGUCUUCAUGCCUGAUGCCUAUGAGCAAGGUCCACUUCUUUAUGAGACAGACCUUGAAAGCCCAGUAUCUUCUUCUAAAGGCUGUUCAAACCCCGACUGGAACACACAAGGGUACCAGUUGGAGUCCUCAGCUGGUCAGCUUUGGUUGAGCCCUGCUCUCUACCGGGCCUCGUGUGGCUCCAAAGGAAGCACCCUGGCCUUCGGAACUUGGAAGAAGCUGCCCAAAGUUGAGAACAUGCCAAGCAUUAACAUUAAUAAUGCUGUCAACUUUCCAAAUCUGAACUACUACGAUUCUAUCAAAGCCGUCAUUGCAAGCGCCAAGCGUAAGCCCCCUGCUCUAGUCAUAGGUGCUGCUUACGCUUCUCUUAAGUUUGCCAUGUUCUCUCUUUGUGUGUCAGGUCCUUGGCUGUCUCCCACCUUUAGAAUUUCUGCAUCGCAACAGGCAUCCCACACUUCGAUGAAAGAGCUGCAAGUUCAAGGCUGUUUACCUUCCCGCUGCACGCUAAAGGGGGAAGGAAGGACAGGGCCCGAGCCACUACCCGACCCAGCCCUUGGCCCCUGUGGGGAGGAGCCACGGAGAGCAGGGUCCUACCCUCAACCCACUGUCCGUCCUUUAGGCACCUUCAAGGCUGCGGUCGGAGGGGAAAGCCAGACGGGUGGACGGGAGAUGCGCUGGAGUCAAGGCAUUUUCAUCUGUAAAGGAAAGAACUUGCUGCUGACAGGUGGAAUGGAUCGAAUAAUUAGAGUCUAGGAUCCUUAUCUGCCUGGAAAACCAACAGGUAUGCUGGAAAGCCACACGGCUCCAGUGAUCUGCAUCCAUGUGUCUGCUGAGGAUAACAAAAUAUUUUCCACGCCCACUGACAACACGAUUAAGAUCUGGGAUCUGGAGACCAAGAGCUGCUUGUUUACUGCCUGCUCCAAAGCCAGCGGUGCUCGGGGCCAGCCCGGGGCCUGCCUCUAUCUCCCCCGCCCCAGAGCCCUGUGUGUGGCCACUGACACCGUCGCCCUCGUGCACCUGAGGCUGAGAUCUCCCCUCGAGCCUCACCCAGUGGUUUCCCACAAAGAGCCCGUGGUGUGCUGCCAGUACAACCCCACCUUCAGUGGGGAUGAUCGGGGACAUCACAGCCCAGAUACGUCCUCUUCAUGUUCCUGGGCUGAUGGCUUUUGUUUUAGCUCAUGCAUCAGCUAUGGGUCUUAUUACAGAGGUGAAACUAUGCAGACCAUCCGAGAAGAGCUUGACACACCAUGUGACUUUCGUCACUUCCGGAAGCCAUAGCCACAUUGGCAGGAUGACUUGAACCACGGGCAAAAGGAGGACAUCCUCUGUGUGGCUCAAUGCCCGCCUAUUCUCCUUGCCACCUCCAGCUACGACGGGGAGAUUAUCAUUUGGAAUGUCAUCUCAGGGCACAUGCACUGCAAGCUAAAUACCCCCAGCCCCUCUGAUGGCGCAGAAGAUAGAGAACGCCCAGACAGAAGCGUUUCCUGCCUCACCUUCCUGAAGACUCCGGCAGCCAACUUGGAAUCAGCCGCCACUCCCCUAAUGGUCAACGGACCCCGAGGUUCUGUCACCUUCUGGAGGCUAUUCGGCGGGGCCUGUCCCUUUGCAAACUUCACUCCUGGAAGCUGGGCUUCUAGAGACAAAGCCUGGGUCAGCAGCAUGGCGGUGAAAACAGGGGAUGCCUGUGCCUACAUGGCUGACCAGGACGGCUUUGUACACGUCUACGACAUCGAGGAGUAUGGUCUGCAGGGACCAGAGCCGCAGCCUCCCAAGAGUAGUUUGGAGCUGAUAGAAGAAGAAAAGGUUCUGCUGUCAUCCUCCCUGGACCGUACCAUGCACCUGUGGAGCACAGACGGGGAGUACUUCGGGACCUUUGGGCAGGGUAGCCCCUGGGAUGUUUUCACCCCUGUCUCCUGGAGAUACCCUGGAGUGCCCUGGGAAGUUCUGACAGAUCCCCAGAGCAUGCCUGCUCACCCAGCGCUGGAAGGAGAUGCUCCUGUCACGCACACAGGAGAAGGGGAGCAAGGCAAAGUGGUGGAGGGCAAGGCCAGUGCUAAGGUAAAAGAGGGUGAUGCAACAGACUUCAUGAGUGACCUUGAUCUUGUGUAG